AUGGAUUUUACUGGCGUCGAACCCUCUGAAAUAACAUUUAAGCGAAAGCUUUUCAGUUCAGAAUUUUCAGAAAUAUUCCUUGUUCAUAUUCGCAACAAUUUAUGUGUAAUGAAAGUGCAUCAUGACAACGGCCCAGUCAAGCCCGCACCUCCUGAGCGUGAAACAAACAUUCACAUCUGCGAAUCGAGUGCCUAUAGGCGACUGAUGAAGCACGGCCUUUGCGACCGCGGAAUCGUGCCCCGGUUCUAUGGGACAAUGGAACGGAUGGACUUGUCACAUUAUCAACCUCACCUGAAGAUGUUUCUUAACGACAAGAGUCCUCCUAGCGCCAUAUUCUUGGAGUACAUUCCUGAAAUGGAAAUGAUAUAUCCGCACAAUUUUACAAAGGAGCGGGGAGAGGCUUUGAUCCGUGGCAUCCGAGAGAUUCACAGAGCGUUGGUUCUGCAUUGCGACGCCAAACCGAGGAACAUGAUGAUUGUCAGAAAUGACCCGGAAAGAGUGGUCUGGUUAGACUUCGACAGAGCUCAGACCUAUCACGCAGAUAGCCUUACUGAGAGACAACAAGGAUUUAUUGAGGAUGAAGAGCUAAUGGUGUCUCAAUUCGCGGAUUCACUAGAAGCUGAUCAUACGCGAGGCGAAAUUGAUGAGACUUAUCUCUACUACUGCACCUAG